UUGAAAGUACGUCAGCUGUUGCCGCCAACAGUGACGUAUCAUUAGAAAUAGGGACCUACAUUUUGUUCGGUUCAAGUAAAAGAACAAUCGCACGAGGCACUUGCAAGAAUAUUGUCAUUCAUACACAGCCUCUUCGAAAGUUCACUGUUUCUGCUAGGUUAGCCGAUUUUAGCAAUUGGGGCACAAAGAAAAGUAACCGGUUCGUGAAAAUACAGAUUUUUUGUGAUAUGUCGGAUCCGAAAAUUGAAGCAAUUCUUUCGCCUCUUCGAGCUAGUGUCAAGGCACAGGGUGACCAUGUUCGGAAGCUUAAAUCCGAUGGAGCUCCAGAAUUGGACAUCAAGAAAGCGGUUGCAGAGCUUAAGCUUCGAAAGAAAUUGUUGGAAGAGAAAGAAUUAUCUUUUUCAGAAGUAACAUUAUUUGAUAGAGCAAGAAUGGAGGACCUUUUAAAACGUAGAUUCUUCUUAGAUCAGUCUUUCGCAAUUUAUGGUGGAAUUACUGGUCAAUUUGAUUUUGGUCCUAUGGGCUGUGCAUUUAAGACAAAUCUAUUAAAUAAUUGGAGAAACUUUUUUGUAUUAGAGGAACAAAUGCUAGAAGUUGAUUGUUCCAUUUUAACACCGGAGCCAGUACUUAAAGCAUCCGGGCAUGUUGAGAGAUUUGCAGACUUAAUGGUGAAAGAUGUAAAGAAUGGAGAAUGCUUUAGAUUAGAUCACUUAAUUAAAGCACAUCUAGAAAAGAUUUGUAAUGAUAAAAAAACUAGCGAAGCGACACGUGCCGAAUGCAAUGAUAUUAUUGUUAAAUUAGAUGGGAUGACAAAAGAUGAAAUGGCUGCUAUUCUAUUGAAAUUUAAUAUGAAAUCUCCUAUCUCUGGAAACGAUUUAACAGAACCAAUAGAAUUUAAUUUAAUGUUUGCAACUGAAAUCGGUCCUACAGGUCUAAAAAAAGGAUACCUGAGACCAGAAACUGCACAAGGUAUUUUUGUAAACUUUAAAAGAUUACUUGCAUUUAAUCAAGAACGGCUACCAUUUGCUGCAGCCCAAAUUGGAAACGCGUUUCGUAAUGAAAUUUCUCCAAGAUCUGGCCUUAUCAGAGUGAGAGAGUUCACUAUGGCAGAGAUAGAACACUUUUGUGAUCCUAAUGAUAAAAGCCAUCCCAAGUUUGAAACGGUUAAAGAUUUAAGCUUGCUCUUAUAUUCAGCUUGCAAUCAAAUGGAUGGCAAGAGUGCACAACGUGUUACUAUAGGCGAUGCUGUAUCAACAAAGCUUAUAGCUAACGAAACAUUAGGGUAUUUUAUGGGUAGAAUUAAUCAGUUUUUAAUUAAAGUUGGAGUUGAUCCAAAAAGAUUACGAUUUCGUCAACAUAUGGGAAAUGAAAUGGCUCAUUAUGCGUGUGACUGUUGGGAUGCUGAAUGUUUAACUUCUUAUGGCUGGAUAGAAUGUGUUGGUUGCGCCGACCGUUCGGCUUAUGAUUUGACGCAACACACUAAAGCCACCGGAGUUAAAUUAGUAGCGGAGAAAAAGCUAUCGGCGCCGAAAAAUGUUGAUAUAUGUGAAAUAGUACCAAACAAAGUUCUAAUUGGGAAAACGUUCAAGAAAGAUAGCAAAUUAGUUCAAGAUGCGUUAGCAGCAUUAACCGAAAGUGAAAUCAAUGCUUUAGAAUCCGCCAUUAGUGAGAAUGGAGAAGAAGAAUUGAAGCUCUCUAAUGAUACUGACGUAAAAAUUACAAAGGACAUGAUUCAAGUAAAACGAUAUCAAAAGACUGUACACGUAGAAGAAAUCAUUCCAUCUGUAAUUGAACCAUCCUUUGGUAUAGGACGUAUCAUGUAUGCUGUCUUUGAACAUAACUUCAAAGCAAGGGACGGAGAUGAGAAACGAACGUACUUCAGUUUACCGCCUGUCGUAGCACCUUUAAAGUGCUCAGUGUUACCACUUAGUAGUAAUGACGAAUUUGUACCGUUUGUAAAACAAUUGUCUCAGGAUCUAACGAAAGUAGAUGUUUCUCAUAAGAUAGACGAUUCGUCCGGAAGUAUUGGACGUAGAUAUGCACGAACCGACGAGAUAGCAAUACCAUUUGGUAUUACUAUUGAUUUUGAUACUUUGAAAACACCUCACAGCGCUACAUUACGCGAAAGAGAUAGUAUGAGACAAGUUAGAAUAAACUUGGAUGAACUUCCGGGUGUUGUACGAGAUCUGUCCUAUGGUAAAAUUACAUGGGCUGACAUCGAAGCAAAGUAUCCAAAAUUUGAACAAGAAUCAACAGAAUCAUAAUAAAUUUGAAAAAUUUAUUGAAUAAUUUAUUUGUAAUAUACAAGUUCAAAUGAAUCGCUAUAAUAGCAAUUUUUUA